CUGCGACUCACCCUUAACGCUCAACACGAUGGAACUCUGGUACGCUCUGGCUUCGGUUCUACGAAAGAUACUGCUGAUCAAUCUAUCGCAUUGCACACGCACAUGCACACACGUGCGUACCAAACACCACGGUAGGUGUGGCUCUCCACCUCUCCGUGCUUGCGAGACAGCGGUCAUGGCGGUGCUCCCAGAACGCAUAGCGGAUGCGUUCGACUUGAUCGGCAAUGGUGUGAUAGCCUCAACUAUCACGCCCGGCAUUCCUGCGACGUGGACUGGGCGAACAUUGGUUGAAUCUUUAGAAAUCCUCAUUGACGCAUGUGUGGAGAAGCAGGCAUGCGGUUUCCGGAGAGCUAGUGGGGAGACCAUGCAGACUCCGCUGGUAGGGCGCCGUCUCACAUCCGGAUCCGGAUCGGGUGGCUCUGUUCCUGCGAAGGGCCCAUUGAAGCCCAAGCCCAAGCCCGACGAUUCCAUGCAAUUUCCUCCUCCAUUAGCCGCUAUGGAGUCAUCUUCUCCCUUCGUUACUGCGCUCGCGGCUUCUUAAGCCCUGUCAAACUUUUCUCAAAGUGUUAAAGCGUUACCUAGGUAGUAUGGAAGCCGUCAAACUACUGGCCCAUAAAGAUGUCGCAUCAUAUGAACUUUAGGCACACAUUCCCGAUGUGCUUGCUGUUCUUGAAGAGUUCUGUGUCCUAUUCAACUCUUAUACUUCUUUACGGCAUGUUCAUGACCUCGCAUGAUCUAAUCCUGGUACCGAGCGUGCGCACUCACUCAUUGUAUGCAGCCCCCAGCGCCCGCUUUUACCACUCAUCCCUGGCUUGACUGCCAUACGAGAAGGGUCCCAAGACAACGUCGAGAGCGAUAUUCUGGAGUUCGACGCCGUGGCGAGAGGAGCAUGCGGGGA